AUGUCGGAUCUUGACCCCCCAUCUACUCCUCCGGUUCCGGCCAUCAUUUUUCAGGAGGGUACAAACCGACAGCAGUCGGUGGCUGAUCCGGCAAUGGAUGAGCAAGACCCUGUGGUCGAAGAGAUUCCAGAGCUGCGUCGAGGAUGCUUGAUUACCACGACCAGGUAUCUAGCCAGUGAUCUGUCGCCUCUGCAUAGGCUGGAAGAUAUCUUCGCUGACAUGGCGUCCAAGGCCCUCGAAAGGGGAUUUUUGGAUGUCCUCUGUCAACUUGGUAAGCGGCCACUUCGUGUGGCAACGAUGUGUUCAGGAACGGAAGCCCCGUUACUGGCCCUGGACAUGAUUUCAACCGGUCUAGGUAUAGACCGGCAACUUCGUAUCUCGCAUGCCUUCAGCUGUGAGAUUGUUCCGUUCAAGCAAUCAUACAUUGAGCGAAACUUCCGACCCCCACUCCUGUUUCGUGACAUCACGGAACUCGGAGGAGACACGGCGCGAACGGCUUAUGGAUCAUCGGAAUUGGUCCCCGGUAACCUGGACAUAUUGGUUGCAGGAACCGCCUGCGUCGACUUUUCUUCACUGAAUAACCGCAAAAAGACUCUGCAGCAAGAUGGAGAGUCCGGGGCCACAUUUGAUGGUCUGUUACGGUAUGCGGAGAAAUAUCGCCCCCGGUUGAUCAUCCAGGAGAAUGUUCGCAAUGCCCCAUGGGCACAGAUGAAGAAAAUCUGGGAGGGUCUCGACUACAUGUCAGUUGACCUAAAAGUCGACACAAAGCACUACUACAUUCCGCAGACACGUGAACGUGGUUACUUGGUGGUCAUUGACAAGCGUCGUUUGCAAGUGGCGGGUCUCCUUGGAGAUCUUAAGUGCCAGGCUGAUAUUCAAAAACUGGAUCGUACAGUUCGCGAGCUUGUUCGCUCCUUUGAACGACGAGCAAGUGCGCCUGUUGGAAUGUUUUUGUUAUCCGACGACGACCGCCGACUCGAGUCCAUUGAGAAAAGGGCGUGUCUAGAGUUCCGAAGCGACAUCAACUGGCAGAAUUACCAAUCUCGUCAUCAGCGCCAUCGUGAUGAAUUGGAACUGGGCAACGAACGACCAAUCACCCGGUCCCAACCUGGAGUCAAUCUGCUCAAGGUACCCGAUUUCUUCUGGCAUCGUUUCAUGAAAACGCAGCCUGAGAGAGUGUGGGAAACAGUGGAUAUGAAUUUUCUAAAGAGGAUUGUUAGCGGAUACGAUAUGAACUUUAAAGAGCGUUGGAUCGACUUGUCUCAGGGCGUCGAUCGAGGGCGUGACUCUCUUGCUGCAUCUGGAAUCGCUGGUUGCCUGACUCCAAAAGGUAUACCGUUCGUGACAACCCGUGGAGGACCCGUAUCUGGCACAGAGGCUCUUUCGCUACAAGGGCUGCCCUUUGAUCGAAUGCUAUUAACCAGAGAAUCCCAAGGCGACUUAAUGGACAUGGCUGGGAAUGCAAUGACUAGCACUGUCGUCUGUGCAGUGAUGCUUGCGGGUCUGAUAGCUGCGUGCAAAAUUCUUGACAGUGAUGAAGAAUCGACCGAGUCUGCUGUUACCGAGGAUAUCCCGCUCCUGAUCUCCAAAGAUUACAGCCUUGUGAGGAGCAGCCUUGAGGUCGUUUCUAAUCGCCCUGUCAGCCACCAUGAUCUCAAAACACUGUCAGCAAGAACCGUCAUGCGUUGUUCAUGCGAGAGACAGACUGGCAUCAAGGACUCAAUUUUCACCUGCACCCUUUGCGGACACUCCGCUUGUAUUUCCUGCUACGGAAACCCCACGCACUCAUAUCUACGUGAAUACGACUGUCGACUUGAACCAUCAGAGUUCAUCGCAAAUAUCAAAGAUCUUGUUCCCAUGAAGCUUACAUUUUCAGGAUUUUGUGAACAAGAUUUCGAAGCAUUCAAAUCCUUUUACUCCGAUAAAACCCUCUCGGGAUUCUGGGACAACUUCAUGCACACUGUCAAAUCCAUUUGCACCAAUGUUUUCCAAUUCCUAGAAGUCAAGCGUGGAAGGAACUGGCGGGUCAUUUAUCAAGGACCAUACUCCAGCUUGUAUCUUGAUAUUGGACCGGACUCAAUUCAGUGGCUUUUGUAUGCAAAACCACCUGAGUCUGCGAGCUUGAGAAGUCCCAUCCGUGAAGUGCUAGCAAAGCCAAUCGCACGCAUGAGACCGAACAAUGAGUCACUAAUUGAGGGUGACUGGGAGGUGUGUUGCCCCGCGAGCACAGCAUUCAUUGUCAAUAUCACUGGAAUAGAGCGGCAAGUUCGAUCGUUCGAGGCAGAUUGUGGCCUGAAAGGCACCAAUUUCGUUAACAGUCAAGUCUGGACUCAUCUCUACAUUGAUGCACCAGACACCGAUCUCGCGAACCUUGACUGCAACAUUCGAGGAUUUUACGAGGCUCUUCCUCAUUGUGGCACAGCACUUGGAGCAAUGUACAGAAGGAAGGCCACUGAUAGCCAGUCUACUGUUUACCUCUUUCUUGACACGCAAAAGCUCACCCUCCCCAAAGACGAUGCCUGUGUAUUCUCUCUUGAUCACAGCCGCCUUCCUGGGUAUGAGCAAAGAAUGACCAUCGCAGAGUUAUCCCCAACUUGGAGAGCUUUGAAUGCCUCAAAAGAUCCAAGCAAAGUCAAUGCUUACUGUCGACGUUGGGCCAAAGCUCCAAAAAUGAAGUUGAAUGUCCAUUUCGAAAGGCUAACCUACUUUGCCUUGCCACAAGCAACUCAGAUCGAGAUCACAACUUCAAAAUGUCACAAUGCUUACAUCCCCCUCACUUCAUUGUCCGUUCCAACAAUGAUCCAUAGCUUGCCCGACGCAACACCUGAAUGGCAAGCAUGGGAUCCCAUGGUAUCAAUGAGAGAGCUAAAGGGCCUCGCUUGGCUAUUUCCAAAGAUUGCUGGAUGGUCCGACUUCAAGGAAUGGAAUGAAAUUGUAUAUUCCAAAAUUCCGGAACAUGCGCAUGAUGUGAGUGUGAACUGCAACAUCUGCAAUCCUCUUCUCCCCAAUAUCCUCUGGGGACGGGACAGCCAAGAUCGAAUUACUCCUUAUGAGAACCCUCAGGAUGCUGCUACAUAUGAACGUGCUAUUAAAUCUCGACCAUCACCUUUCGUGGUCUUUAGAAGAAUCAAUGAAUACGGAGAAGGCGAAUUGUGCUUCACCCUCAACGUUCAAGCUCUGAUGCACCAAGCGCAUGGAAAAUUGGUUGGCUUCGAACUUCGUGAAAACAUCACCUCUCAUUGGCGACUCCUUCCCCAUGCAUACGAUAUGCAGAAGUCUCAGUUGGGUCAACAAGACAUCGAUCUCAAAUUCACAUUGCUAGACAAUUCAAAAGAUACUCCUUCAUCACAACCCCCCAACUUCCUGUUUUCUCUACGCAAUGAACAGUUGAAAUCACUAAGCUGGAUGAUUUCUCAAGAGUCAGAGGCUAUUGCGCCCUUUAUGGAAGAAGAAGUAGAAGAGUCAAUUCUUCCUUUGAUGCCCUGGCGUGCCGAAGUCAAAGCAACAGUCCCCAAAAUUGUUCGCGGCGGCGUGCUGGCUGACGAGGUUGGAUAUGGAAAGACGGCAAUUGUUCUUGGUUUGAUUGAUGCACAGUACACCAAAGACUGCAAUCGAAUCCCGGAUGAAAGCAACGAGCUGAUUCUCACAAAAGCGACCCUGAUCAUCGUGCCAAAUAACGUGUUCAAGCAAUGGCAUGCGGAAACCAAGAAAUUCCUUGGACAGAAGUAUAAGGUCCUUGCACUGGACUCGAUCAACAAGACUACCAUUCAAGAUAUCCAAGAUGCCGAUAUCGUUAUCCUAUCAUGGAGUAUCUUGGCAAACGACAGCUACUACAACCGGCUUCAAAAAUUUACCGGAACACCUCAAGCUCCAGCAAGAUCAGGUGGAGGAACAGGCCGUAACUUUGACAGUUGGUUCUACAAUGCCAGAACUUCACUUCGGGAACUUGUUGGUAUUUUGAGAUCUGAAGGGCCUGAAGCAUUACUGAAAGAAAUCAAAGCAAGACGCCAGGCAGUUCAAACAGCACAGGCAAAUUUCACAUACGUGCCUUCCAAACGCCUUAAAGGCAAAGCAUUCGCAGCUGCUCAGGAACAAGCAGCCAAUGGCAAAUUUAAUGUAGAAACUACAUCUACAGCCGCUACAGCACAUAUGACCGAGACUGAACAAUCUUUUAAUUCCGAAGAAGUUUUGAACGCUGGUGAUUCUGGAUACGAAGACUCUGAUACAUCGGAUGUUGAUGACAGUGAUCUUGAUGCGAAUGCGAACCAGCACAAGAGAAGAAAAAUCAAACAGAAAAAGAAAAUUCCAGAAGCAAAGCGACAAAAGACUCAGUCUACUAAAUCAGCAGUCUCAGAUGUCAAACCUCCACCCAAAUCGAGCAUCACAGCAAAUGAUGCAACAGCGUUCGGCAUUCGUGCCGGACAGGACUGGCGCACUGUUAAUGCUUUCAUCCACGCCUUCGAUUGGAAUCGUUUGGUCAUCGACGAGUACACAUAUGCCGGGGAAGAACGACAGGUGUCCCUGCUGUCAGUGCAGGCACGCUCCAAAUGGAUUCUCUCAGGAACACCCGGACUCAGUGAAUUCGCUGAUAUCAAGAGUAUUGCGCGAUAUCUUGGCCUUGACCUUGGCAUUGACGACGAUGGCGAUAAUGACAGAAUAUCUCAGAACAAGAGACUGCAAAUGAUCCGGAAGAAUCAUACUGCCGCAGAAGCUUUCCAGAUGUACCAGGUUCCUCGAAGUAAUGCAUGGUACAGAACUCGUGAACAGCAUGCUCAAAUAUUCCUUGACCAGUUCGCACGUCAAAACAUCGCGGAGAUCGACCACAUCCCGCUCGAGACCAACAUUGUCCUCAUUGACCAAACGCCUGAAGAGAAUGAAGCAUACGAGAUCUUGUAUGAUGCAGUGAUGCAAAAUCGAAAGCGCAUCGACGGUCCUUUAAACAACCAUCUUACAAAAAGCCAGUCUCCCCCGGAAGCCCUCAUCAUGUGCUGCACAACGACCCGGAUUGGCAAGCCUCAGUGGGACAUUGAAAAAUGUCGCGUGACGUUGGAAACCAACGUAGCCAGAUCUACAGCCAACUGGGCGAAGCUCGACAACCUAUGUCGACAGGUAAUUGUGGUAGGAUACAACGGCGACGACAACCCGUUCAACUUCUCGUUAUUGACGGAAUUUAUCUCCAAGUCAAACAUUGGAGACUUGCAGGCCAACAGCAGAGUUUCAGAUCUCUUGUUCAAUUGCCAACAGUCAUACGAAGAAUGGAUUGUGCUCAUGGAACACCAGAACGUCGUCACCAAGGUCAAUGAAAGACUCGAAAAGGCUCUCAAUGCAACGGUUGCGAAGAGUACUAGUCAUGGAAAAUCUGCAGACGCAGACGCAGAAAGUACCGACGAUGAUGAAUCAGAAGAACCAUCCAGGAAGAAAAUCAAAAAGACUACUGGCUCCUCUUAUGGAGAUCGCAAACGAGCAUCUCUCGCCAUGAGCAAGACAUUGACCAGCGAUAUCAUGAGUUCAUUAAAGUCGGCCAUCGAAUCCGAUCGCGAGAUCCGCUUCUACAAUGCGUUGCUUGCCAUCCACGCCUUCACUAUCCCACCUUGCAAUGGCUGCGCUAAACAGCAGGACAAUCUUGCUGACAUUGGCAUUCUCCGAACCUGUGGACACUCCCUCUGCAAGGGUUGCACCCAAGCUUCCCUUGAGGCCAAGCAAUGUAUCUGCCUCAAAUGCGACGGGAAGGUGACCGCAGUCUCCAAGGUCAUAUCUGGCCCAUCAGUUCUAGAGGAAGAUCAAACAAGCAAUAGUUCGAAACUAAGCAAGCUUGUCGAAAUUGUCCGUAGCGUCCCGGAGGAUGAACUAGUCCUUGUCUUCGCACAGAUUGGCCAGCUGAUGUCAAUCACGUCGAGUGCCCUUCAAAAGGCCGGUGUUGAGCACCGAACCAUCAUCACCAACAGGGACAUGAAGUUGAUUGAUGAGUUCAUCGAGGGCCCAAAGGCAAAGAAGGGCAAGGCCCAGUCCCCGCGGGCAAAGGCCCUGAUCUUAAACCUCGGCAGCGCAAUGGCAGCUGGACUAAACCUCCAGUGUGCCAACCACGUGGUCUUCCUGUCGCCUCUGUUCGUGGCUUCACAGCCCGAAUAUGCGGCAGGAAUGACCCAAGCUAUCGGCAGGGCCCGGCGGUACGGGCAGAAGCGUACCGUACAAGUCUACCAUCUCCUGGUGAGGGGGACGGUGGAGGUGAACAUCUUCGCCCGGCGCAAUGCCACAAAUGGCAAUGGGACGCUGGUCGAGCGGGAGGGGGUGGCCUGCCUCGUGGAAGAGGAGGCCCUCCUCCCGAACGAUGUUAGGUGCUCGGGGAAGCGGGUGGAGGACGAGAAUGGGAAUGUU